CACUGCGCUAUCGCCGUCCCCCUCCCCUCGUACCCCACAGCACAACUUAUAUACCACCGUCAAAGCGGGAACUCUCCAUAUUAUUUCGGACCUUCGUGGGACAAACAAUUACAAAAUGGCUCACAAGAUCGCUCUUCUCUUCGUCUGCGUCGUCUUGGCAACGGCGUCCGCUGGUAUGGUACGUCGUGAAGCUGACUCACCUCUGAAAGAUAUUCAAAAGCAUGCAGAGGAAUUCGGCAAGACUUUCAGUGAGCAACUCAACUCAUUGAUUAACUCCAAGAACACACAGGAAGUCAACAAGGCUCUAAAGGACGGUUCAGACUCCAUGCUGAAACAGCUCUCAGAAUUCUCCGCCACGCUGCAGAACGCGCUUUCUGACGCCAACGGCAAGGCGAAAGAAGCUUUGGAAAAAUCCCGCACCAACAUCGAGCGCAAUGUAGAGGAGCUCCGCAAAUCGCACCCUGAGGUUGAACAACAAGCAACUGCCUUACGCGAGAGACUACAAGGUGCAGUGCAGAAUGCCCUCACUGAGACUCAGAAGUUGGCCCGUGAAGUAGCUGCGAAUAUGGAGGAGACCAACAAGAAGCUUGAGCCUCAAAUCAAGAAAGCCUACGACGACUUAGUGAAGCAAGCCGAGCAGGUGCAGACCAAACUUCACGAAGUCGCCACCAAGCAAUAGAUCGUCUGGAUCAGCCCACCUCAUUCCAUACUAAAUUUAUAAUAAAUAGACUUUAAUUUUA